CACACCUCCACUCUGAUAGUUUAACAAUUUUCUUAUAUUUUAACAGUUGUUACUUCCGACAAUGUGGAUGCUUCAGGCACUUGUGGUGCACAUCUUGUUGAUGGGCGCCAUCUUGAACACAUACUUCCAACCCAAUCUACUGCCCAAUCUCGUGCCGCAAAAGACGAUGCGCGAAAUGGGCCUAGAACCUCCAGCGGAUCGAUUGGUGGUAUUUGUGACCGAUGGUCUGCGAGCGGCCACCUUUCUGGCGAACAAUGGCAGCGAUGUUCCGGAUCUGAAGGACAUAUACCGGAAGCAAGGACGAAUUGGAAUAUCCCGCACUUGUGCGCCGACAAUGACACGACCUGGACACAUAGCCAUAUUUGCCGGCUUCAAUGAAGAUCCGGCUGCUUCUUUGAUCAACUUGCGCUACAAUCCCGACGAUUUUGAUACCGUCUUCAAUCGCAGCAGAAAUAUGAUCGGCUGGGCACACAAGUACAUUGUCAGUUACUUCGUGGAACUGUCGCAUGGUGGUGCCCCAUUGAGAUUUGAUUCAUACAUGGAAAGGGACCUGCCAGAAAAGCUGACUUGCGACAAAUGGGCCUUCGAUAAGGUGGAGAAUUUCUUGAGGAACGGCGACAAUGUUCGAGAAUGGAGCAACUACAAGACGGCUGUGUUCUUUGUCUAUUUGGCCGACAUGGAUAUAGCUGCUCAUCGGUUCAGACCACUAAGUAAGAGGUUCUUCCAAAAGCUUCAGAAUACACAGCGUGGUAUUAGGAAUACGUAUGAGCUCUUCGAACGCGUCUUCAAUGAUAGUAGAACGGCUUAUCUGAUGACAUCCGAUCAUGGCAUGAAUAAUGAAGGAACACACGGUAGUGGUACCUCCUUGGAAAUAGAAACACCCUUGUUUAUGUGGGGAGCUGGUGUAAAGCGAGAUGAAAUCGAUGCUGAAGCCAACUUCCCCGAAAAACCCAAUAUAUCCCAGGUGGAUCAGACCCAACUGGCGCCACUGAUGUCAUCUUUAAUUGGGCUUCCACCGCCAAAGAACAAUCUAGCCCUUAUGCCCGUGGGUUAUCUCAACGUGAGUGAUGAGUAUCAAGCGUUGGCUUUACAUCUCAACGUCUUGCAACUUUUGUCGCAAGCUGAAAUUCUCAUAAGACGUCAUGAAAAAGCGAUGUUUUACAAGUGGCUGCCAAAGUUUGAGGAACUCCACUCGGGCGUAAUAGAUCAGUAUGCAGCACAAUUUGAUUUCCUAAAAUCGGAGGGGAAUUUAACGGAUGCAAUGGAGGUUUGUGAGGAGUAUGGAAAACUGGCAAUGAAAUGUUUGGCGUACUACCACCAGUAUUAUCAAACUCCAUUGAUUGUGGCCAAUUCAUUGUCCUACUUGAUUUGGUUCUACUGCCUCCUCCUACAGCUGACCAGAUUAUGCAAAAAGGAAAAGACGCAAAGAAGGGGAUUUAUGACCAUUUCCACCCUGAUAUUAGCCAUGAUCGGUAUUUUACUAAUUCCCAUUAUGGAACUGCAAAAGGUGCCGCAUAUCACAAUAUUUUAUUUGAUUCUACCGGUUGGAAUGUUGAUCAUGGCUCAGGCUGAACGUCCUGUGAAAGGCUAUUGGAUAUAUCAUCCGUUAUGGAAUUUUGGCUUUAUACUGGUGCCCGCUGUCCUAAUAAUGUGGAUGACCUUCAUUAUUAGGCACCUAUGGGUGCUAUAUGGAAUUUCCGUACUCCUUAACAACCGCCGAGCCCUCCGAAAGCCAUCCAUCAAACUAUUCAUUUGGCUUUCGCUGGCUUUAAUAGUAACUGCCAUACUAUUUAUGGAGCAACGUACUACAAAGGGACUGAGGACUAUACCCGUAAAAGGUUACCAUGUUCUUUAUAUAAGCAUGGUUUUGGCUAUUAUUCGUCCUUUGAUCCUAGGACAUCGACAUGAUCCCCGAGUCUGGACCUUCAAUUCAGUAGCGCUGGUGGUCGGAGCCUUUGGAGUUUAUCAAUAUAAGUUCUAUGACUCCGUAUCGUCCUAUGUCUAUGUAGUCACUUGGUCAUUCCUUUUCUUUGCCUUUCUCUCGAUUGUGUAUUUUGCGAAAUCUCUGCCAGAGGCCAGGAAAAGAUUGGAACUUAUUACCAUCAACAUGAUUACUGUUCUCAGUCUGCUGACCAAUUCUUGGGGCUGCUUGAACUUCCAAGUCGUGAUAACUGAAUUUAUAUUCGGCCUCCAGGUUUAUGAGGAAUCCAAGGAAACCAAAGAAAUUCAAGAUGCGAAAGACGAACGCACUUCUCUUCAGAACCUAAAAGGAUUUUAUCGUUAUGGAUAUAUGAUUCUCCUCUAUUUCUACGUAGCCUUCUUCCUGGCUGGACAUUGGCUAUCCUCAUUUUUGUUCAAAUCGACAACCGCUCGACUAUUUUAUCCGCAUUUUUCCCUUUACAUAGCCGGCAGUCUUGUAAUGCUGAAGGUCUUUAUACCAUCAAUGAUUUUCAUAUGCGCUCUAUAUGCUAUGGUUCCAUUUGUCCGGAAAAACGCCAGAUCAAUUCUAAUCUGCGUUUUUGUGAUCAGCAAUGCCAUGGGCCUCUACAAGUAUUACUUUAUCCGUAAUCGGGGAUCUUGGAGAACAGUUCGCAUGUGUCUGGAUCAGAUCUUACUAACCCAUGCCGUGAUCCUCAUGCUACUAUUAGGUAUAUGUUUGGCCAAGAUCUUCUUGGCCAACACCACGAUGGAAAGGCCAGGACGAAAUAGAGCCAGCAAUACUCGAAGCACUUUGGCAGCCGCAGAAACUGAGGCUUAGUAUAUUUUUGGAACGUGUAACUAAAUUCAUUGUGUGUAUGUCUUACGGUAUUCAAUUACAAUCUAAAUUUUAAGCUUA